AUGACUAAACAACUAGUGUCCUCUAUUACCACAAUCAACUCCUCAAUGGAUCACUCAUUUACUGAGAUGAAGGAGACUUUAGGACACCUCGCAUAUGUCGAGGAAUCUGCCAAUGAAGAAGGCUCUGUAAACUCCGACGCGGAGAAAGACCGACAAGGGGCAAACAAGGACAGUGCUAGCACUUAGGACCAAAACCUAUCGGGGUCCAGCAACGCUAAUAACGUCAACGAUCAGCUGACGUUGACAAAUAAUGCCAAUCAAACAGACCCUGAGUCCUUCAAAGAGGAAAACUCAACUCUUGCAGGAAUUGCGAGUAAUUUAAAAUUGGGCCAAAAGAAAGCUCCCGCUGUGAAUGCACAACUCGCGGGAAUACUGAAAGAGGUCAUGCGUGUCAAACUUGAUGACGAUGUAUUGACAGAAACGAAAAAUCGUUAUACCAGGCCAGUAAAUUGCGAGUACUUGGAGCCAACCCAGGUUAACCAUCUCCUCUGGGAUAAAUUAAAACACGACACACGCUCAAGUGACUUAAAGCUUCAGCUUAUUCAGGCCAAUUUACUGAAGGAAAUAAUUCCCAUCGUACUGGUAGUUGAACAACUGGUCAAAGUCCAGGACAAAAUAUCAGAAGAAUUAUUGGAUAUCCCAUCUCUAAUUAGAACGGCCACUGACUCAGUAGCCCUGCUUGGGGCAGAAAAUUUUGGCCUCAAUAUGAAAAUUAGAGAUAACAUAAAACCAGAGCUCAAUGCAGACUACAAACAUCUAUGUUCACCUACAGUGCCAUUCACAGAUUUCCUAUUCGGAGAUAACCCUGACCUCUCUAAGCAGCUAAAAGAUCUAGCU